CAAAAUAAUUAUUUUAUACUCUGAUUCAGGCAGCCACGCUUCAAUUAUUGACAAGUGUAUCGCUCGUACAGACUUCGGGUUCUUUAACUUUAUGCAAUUUUAAUCUAUAUCUGCUUUCUUGCUAUUUAAUAACCAACUAUGCGUUAUAGAUGGUGCUGAAUGAAAAGAGUGUACGGACGUGUAAAUUCAAGAAGAAUAUUGAGUAAUAUUACUUCUGGUCAAUUAAUUUGAAAAAGAUAUGAAUAAUGGGUGCCUUUGAAGAAAAUGCGUGGGAUGCUGAUGACACUGGCGAUAAAUUGAGCAAAGAGUUAUUUCAAAAGAGGAAAUCAAAGAAAAACAAGAAGAAGGAACAAACAACAAAUCGGGAUAUAAACAAUGCUGGUCAAUUGCAAAAAAAUGCUGAAACAGAACUACAAGUUUCAGUAGAUCUUGACAAUCCUGAAAAAGAUAAUGAAACUCAUAAGCGAAAGAAAAAGAAGUUAAAAAAAGAAAGAAUGACAGAUGCUGAUUCGCAUGGAAAGCUUAGUACAAAGAAACCAAACACACAGGAAGAUGAUGUUAAAACUAUAACAGACAAUAUAAUUACAAUGCAUCAAAGAGUAGAGAGGAAUAAGAAAAAUAAAAAGAAAGCGAGGCUUGAUGAGAGCAGUCAUGGUCCUGAAGACACUGAGAGUACUGUUAUUAAUGAUAAAAAACACAGUAUGACAGUACAGGGAGAAAAAUUAUCAAAUGGAUAUGCAGAUAAUAAUGCUGCUAAUAUUAUUGAAGUACAAAAAAGUAUUGACUCAUUGACACAACAAAUAAAGGACAACAUUGAAGCUCAGAGUAAAUCACAAUUACGGAAGGCUCAGAAAAAAGCAAAGUUGCAGGAAAAUAUUGAUCAGUCGAUUGCUCAAGAGAAAGAGGCUGAUGAAGAUAAAAAUAAGAGUAAAAAGAAGAAGAAAAAGAAGAAGAAGAGCUCUAACAUAGAGAGGGAUAGCAUAACUAUUGAAAAUGAGAAAGCUAUAAAAAUUCAAAAAGUAGAACAAAUAAAAGAAAAAAAAAUAGCAGCUCAGACAAUGACCCAUAAAUCUCCAAUGACAGACAGCUCAUUGACUGCUAACAAUGAUUCAAAAUCAAAAGGCAGUCGAAAAUUGAAUGUGGAAAAAAUUAAAGAAAUGCUUGCAGCUAAACAGAAACAAGACAGUGGUACUUCAUCAAAGUCCAAACAGCCACAGAGUCUGAGGGAUCGUAUGAUGAAUCAAUUAAGAGCAUCUAGAUUUAGGUAUUUAAAUGAACAAUUGUACAACAGCAAAAGUUUUGAGUCAAAGAAUUACUUUAAAGAAGAUCCUGAGGCAUUUAAAGCAUAUCACGAAGGCUAUAAGAAACAAGUAGAACAGUGGCCAUUGAAUCCAUUGGAUCUUAUAAUAGAUUCAAUUAAAAAAAUGUCAAAAGAUUUUGUGAUUGCUGAUUUUGGAUGUGGAGAAGCUAGGCUUGCUAAGUCUGUACCACAAGAAGUACAUUCGUUUGAUUUAGUUGCUAUUAAUGAUAAUGUAAAAGCAUGUGAUAUGGCACAUACUCCAUUAUUAACAAAUGGAAUCCAUGUUGUAGUAUUUUGUUUAUCCCUCAUGGGAACAAAUCUAAAUGACUACUUGAUAGAAGCCAACAGAGUUCUCAAAAAAGAUGGACUUUUAAAAAUUGCCGAAGUCGAGAGCCGAUUUGAUAAAGUGGAGGACUUCAUAAAGAUCUUAGAGAAUUAUGGUUUUGUCAACACAUGGAAGGAUCUGUCUCAUAAUCUGUUUUAUUUUAUGGAUUUCAAGAAAGUUAAGGACAUUAAUAGAAAUGACAAAAAACUUCCUCCUCUGUCACUGAAACCUUGUCUCUAUAAAAAGAGAUAAUACUUUCGUUUGUCCUUUUUUGCGACUAACACAUUUGUAUCGUUUGUACAUAAAACAGUUGGUGACAGAAUAAAACAAUUGUGUGAGGACUUACACACUUCUAGAA